AUGUUCAAUUCAGUCUACCUGAAAGAAUUGGAGAAACAUUGUCAUCGAUUUCUCUGGAGAGGUCUUGAACUUGAUCGACCUCCCGAUGUAUAUGUGAUGGAACGAGUCAAUAUUGGAGACACGCCUGCGCCAGCCAUAAGUACGGAAGCAAUCUACAAGACGGCUGACCGAUUCAAAGAGGACAGCCCUGAAGCAGCAGAGUUGUUAAAGAAAUCGAGCUAUGUCGAUCCGAUUGACUCGCGUCCGACCGUAAGUUGUGCCCUCAAAGUCACAGAAGAAGCAGAGAAUAUGCUUGCAAAAGGAGGGUUCUCAGUGAAAUGCUGGCAGCUGAGUGGAGAAGAAAGUCCUCGAAAGACUGCAUCUGAAUGCAGACGACCUCCCAAAAGCGUUGCCCGAGAUCCUGACAAAGCGAAUUGUACUAGAGCAGGUGAUGAAGAUCUACGAUCCCCUAGGUCUUGUAUGUCUUUUCACAUUACGGGCGAAAGUAUACUUCCGUGA